AUUGGAAUACUCCUUGAUGUAUCACCGAUUCAACCGGUUGGAAACAACUCUUUUAAAAGAGAUGUUGCAAUAAUGGAUAACACGUGGGUCAUUAUCAAAUUAACUGUUUGGAAUGAUUAUGUUCAUGUCUUCGGAGAUGGACCAUUUGAUUAUGGGAAACAACAUUCAAUUGUUGUCGCAUGUGGGCUUCAUCUGAAAAAUUACCACGGUAUGACACCGAGAAACUGGCACAGAAACGGGUUGCGGCUUUCCGCUCAUGUCCAUUUGCAAUGCAUUCAUCAAUUGCAGCUUAUAAUGCCAUUCGUAUUCGGAUAUCUAAAUUACCUACUAUAAAAAGUGUUCAUUAUUGUCGAUUAGUCGCUCAUGUGAGGCGUAUUGAGUCACAACCUGAUGAGAUUAUUUACGAAGCAUGUAAUCGUUGUUUAAGAAAAAUUGUCAUCACCCAAACGGCCUAUAAAUGUGUACGGUGCAAUCUAACAAAUACUGCAACUAUUCCAAGAUUAAUGCUUCGACUCAUUAUUUCUGACAAGAGUAGUGGUAAAAUGGGAGUAACAUUGAUGAACGACCUAACUCAACACAUGUUGCGGUGUACUCCGACUGAAAUCAAAUCACUACUUCAACAGGGCUGA